AUGGAGGUACUGCAAAAAAUGCAACGAAUGGACAGGCGGAUAAUGGAGAUGAGAAAUCUGCGAAAAUUGAUGGACGAGAAGCUAGACAUUGACCUUAAGGGGGACGUGGGAAACUACAUGAACGCGCUAGCCAAUUUGCACAUUUUGGAAAAAAAGAAAAAAAAUUCCAAAUUGGUGGUGAGCUCGGAGGAACUGAGAAGCUGCGCCAACAAAAAGGGCCGAAGGAGAUCGAGAAACAGCGUCUCGUCGAGCAUGGGCGGGCGCGGAAGGAGCAGCGAAAAUGGGAAUAGCAACUCGAACGGUAGCGGCGGGGGAAGCCGAGGAAGUGGUGGAGGAAGCGGUGGAAGCGGCGGGUACAGCGGAGGGAACGGCGACGACCCUGACGAUCACGAUGACGAGGAAAAGGGAACUCCCCAGAGUAACGACGACCAAGACAGUGACAAACCCAAGAAGGAGAAAAAGGAGAAGAAGAAAACGGAAGGCCGCGAAUCAGAAGAGGAGGCGUCCGAGGGGGCAGACGAACUGACCGAAGAAACGCGCGACGAUGCGGGCGAAGUGACUCAAGGGAAGAAGCUCGAGCAGCUAAAGUUGGUGGGGGACGUGCAGCUGAACGUGGCCCCCGAAAUGGGGAAUGCACAGAUGAGCGCAGAAGAGGCACAGGAAAAAACAGCGAACACGGAUGAGGACAACGAUAUUAUUAACAUGAUUAACGAUAACGCCUCGUCCAUUCGGGAUUACAGCUUUGAAGAUUCGCACAUCAAGGCCUGCCUGUCAGACAACAACUCGGGGGUGCAUCGCAUAUCUGCAGAGGAGGCCCAAAAGAUCGGAAAAAAAAUCGUGAGCAACCCGUUUACGACCAGCAGUUGCGAGGGAGAGGCGGAGGAACAGUACGCGCAGGGAGACAACCUGGGGGAGAGCGGCACAAUGCAGAAAGAGGGAGAAAACUUUGCGGCCUCCCAGCUCAGGCGCUACAAGACUGAAGCCAUCAACAAGUGCAUCCAGAGGCAGCAGACGAAGAUAAAGCUGAACAGCGUGUUGACCGAGCUGAAGUUUAAGAGAGAACACCAUGGUGAGUACCCCCAGGGGAAAGACUCGCAAGAGCAUAGUCCACCUGGAGGAGACAUGAACGAUGGUUCGGAGGGCAUGCCGCCACACAAUGGAAAUUCCCUUACCAAUAAUCAGCAGUAUGGAAGCCACAACAACAGCUAUGAACAAAAGUACACCGAUUUUGUGAAACACUACGUAACGCACGUUGGAAAUUUCUACAGAGAUGUAGCCAAACCACAAGUUGAAAAAAUGAUGAACACACAGUCGCAAUCGUUUGGACUAAAACACCUGUAUAGGAGUGCAGCAGAUUCGGCGUACACCUAUGGCAGUUCCGAAUUUAACAGAUCCUUGUCUACCUCCAUGCAAGAUGGAGACACAAAGAGGGAAGCUGAAAAUUGUAAUUUCACAAAUUACCUGACCUGUUCAGGCGACAAGGAGAUAAAUCGAUACUUCGAAGAGAACAUGAAUUGCAUGGCUGAGCCCCUGGCAGAAAUGAAGAAGUACAUGCCUGCCCACUUGGGCUAUUACGAGAAAUUUAAUUACUCCAAGGCGAUGGACUCGAUUAGGAACUACGACUGCACGAAUGCCAAGGGGUACCUAAAAGAUUAUGACUGUGUGCAGACCGCGCGCGCCUUUGUGGAGGAGAACUCCUGCGGGGGGGGCGUGGCCCGCGUGAAGGAGCACGUCUCCCUGGAGAAGGUUAAGCAGCACGUCUCCCUGGAGAAGGUUAAGCAGCACGUCUCCCUGGAGAAGGUUAAGCAGCACGUCUCCCUGGAGAAGGUUAAGAAGCACGUCACUUUGGAGAACUUGAAGAGGCACGUCACCCUGGAGAAGGUUAAGCAGCACGUGAACCUGGCGGGCGUGGCGAAGCGCAUCAACAUAAGGAGCGUGGCGGAGCACAUGAACGUGGAGCAGCUGAAGCAGCGCCUGGACGCGGAGGGGCUGCUGAGCGCCAAGUGCUUCGACGAAAGCUACGACAUCCUGGGGGAGGCCUACAAAAAUUACGUUAACAGGUACAUCCAGGAGGUGAAGAAGUCCCUGCGGGAGAAGAAGGAGCAGUACGCGCUGAACCCCAACUGCAAUGUGGAGAACGCCAACUGCAACGCGCAGCUGAUGAACAACGGCUUCGUCAAACUGGCCGCAAAGAACAUUCGCAAUUUAGGAAGAGUCUACUCCAAAAGUAAAAACCAUUUGCACUGGAACAAGCAUAAGAGGUACAUCGUAUUCAACCAUAGGAAGUACGUAGGGCUGUUAGAUACGUGCUACAAGAAAAGGGUUCAGUCGGUAAAGAAAAAAAUAGAAGUGAAUAAGGAGUUCUUUAAUAACUACUUUAACGCGUGCACAAUUGAUUGUAAUAGCAACAGGUACAUGGGCUCAAAUGAUCUCUCCAAAAGUGCUGCUUCUCUCUUUGACUAUGGCAACAUCGAGGUUAACUCGUUCGAACAGGCUAAUUCGCUCAACCUAGCUGAUAUGCGUCUCCCCUCGCUGUUUAAGACCUCCGCUUCUGCCAACCUGCAGAGGGGAAACAGUAACGCCGGCUCCGAAAUGGUGGGAAGUGCACGCGGCAACUCCCAGGAGGGGGUGAGCAGAAGUAAUGGAGACACUGGCGGUGACGAGGGGGAAGACACCUACGGAGACACCUACGGAGACACCUACGGAGACACCUACGGAGACAACUACGACGAUGCCGAUCUGGACGACGAGCAAGUGAACAUCCCCUGCUUCCCACAGAAGCAAAACAGACUGAAGCACUUGAAGGGGGUCCUGCCAGACAGCGGAGGAGUCGAAAGCGACAUCAUUUAUGAUCAACAGAAAAACGUCUUCUUCGAUUUUAACGAUAAUGCGUAUGUGCACGUUAAGGGGAACUUAUACUUUAACGCCAAGGAUAAAUUGUUUUACGAAAUUGAGUUCGCCGAUGAGUUUUCCUACGAAAAGGUGAGGAAGGGGCUGUUCCAGCUGGGCCACUUCCUAAUCACGGAGAAGUACGCGCCCUGCAAGCUCAUCAUGCGCCUCUGCACCCAGUUUAACGCCUUCAUGCACAGCUUCCUCGGCGUGCGACGGUACAACGUGUUCUACGCCGACCGGGAGAACCUCGUCGAGAUUAUCAUCAAGUGA